AUGGAAAUUAAACAAAAAGGGUCGCGUUCCUGCAGAACUGACCAAGGAAACGUGGCGAAUCCUGAACAACAUUUUUUACAAGACUCUGCUUCGAAAAUCUCUAGAAUCGAUAAAUCGUCACAAUUAAUUAUUAAUAAUCAAAAACCUUCUCAAGAUACAAGGCAGAAAGUACCUAACACGUCAAAAUAUCAACUAAAUAUUCGAAAAAAUCAGCAAUGUUCUCCCGCUGAUAAUCCUUCAUCUUCGCCACCUCCCGCUGCUAACGGCGGACUACUACCAGAGAUACCUUUUGAUCAAAGUAAGGGCCAACUUUUAUGGGCACCAGAAGGUUAUCAAGGGAAACGCCGACUAAACGGUGGUUCGUUAACCUCGUCAAAGUCCUAUGAUGUAAAAGUUCCAAGACCACCAAACGCAUUCAUUAUAUAUCAUCGAACUAAAUCCAAGGAACUCGCAAAAAUCAAGACUAAGGCACGAACUGCAUCCGAUGAACGUCAUCCGUCCAAAACUGUGGCAGAGAUGUGGAGAGAAGAAUCUGAGGAAGUUAAAUUACAAUAUCAAAGAGAAGCUGACUUGGCCCUCGUAGAACAUAAAAAGAAAUAUCCAUAUUAUAAAUAUAGACCAAAGAAAAGAGAGAAUAAAAAUAAAUGUAGUUUAUCUCUUCCUUCAACAGAUUCAGCAAAAGCAUCCGACUUUGAGCCAAAGGAUGCCUCUCAAGUUCCUAUAGAACAUAGAAAACAGGCUUCGAUGGAAUCAGCAUUCUCUGUAUAUGAUUUACAAUCAAAUAAUGAUCAAAAAGAGGAAAAUGAUUCAAAUUUGGCCAAUCCGAUGUUCAAGAACAAUAAUUCUCCGCCCCAAACGCCUGAUUUUCCUGGUGAACAAGUACAAUUAAAUUACCAAUCUCAUUGUCCUAAUUGUAGUUGUAGUGCACAUAAUAGAGGACCGGAACAAAAAUUAUGGGCUGAUUACUCACUUCCUCAAGUAUCAUCGCCAGCAAAUUUGCAACAAGGAAUUACGAUUUACACACAACCGGAUUUGGAUGCAAUUUUAUCGUUAUUUAAUUUAAUACCUGAGUUGAUGCCACCGCCUGCAGAUAGCCCUGUUACUCCAAAUUUUUCAUCAACAAUGAACGAACCAAAUUUUACAAACUUAGAAAAUCAAUUUUCUUCCAAUAUAAAUGGUAUUAAUAUGAAUGUCCCUGCAGUUCAAACUACCACUGCGGAUAUGAUUACAAUUCAACAAAUGCCUUCUGAUGAAACAACACAAUCGACAACUAAUUGGAAUAUUCCAGGAUAUAUUAUACGUUCUCAACCUACUCCAAUAAUAAUGCCUACAUCCUUACCGCAAGCACCUCCGCCAACACCAACAAGUCCAAAUGAAUAUUUGUCAUGGACUUCUUCAUAUGAUAGAAAUUAG